CAAUUCCUGCAGACCCCCUGUGCUUUUCUGGGUUGUGGGCAGUGACCAGGAGUGACAGAGUGUGUGCUGGCUUUCUUCACAGCAUUCAGCGAGCCUGGCGUGAGUACCUGCAGAGGCAGGACACCCUGGAGAAGAGGAGCCCGUCCCCUUCCUCCGUGUCCUCAGACAAGCUGAGCAGCUCUGUCAGCAUGAACACUUUCUCCGACAGCAGCACGCCUGUGAGUGUCACCGUUCCAUUUUCUUCUCUGAGGUUAAAGAUCAAGGAUGACUCUACAGUGUGUCGAAGUUUGCCAAAAAAAUUCACCUGUGUAUUUUCGGGGGCUUGUGGCCCACCUAAGGACAAUGUAUGCAAAGAAAGGAAGGUGAUUCUGCUCUACCUUAACCAAUGCACCAGACCCACUGGGCUAAUACCUCCUCUUGGAGGGCAGAGAGGACAGAUAGAAAGGCUUGGUUUUCCUACCCAUCA